GUGGGUGUAUAUAAUUAGUGCGUAGACGUGGGCGUGGUUAGUGGCGGAGCUCUUCUUGGCUGGAGUAACAAACGCUGGUGCUGAAGUGGAGAAGCGUUGAAGCAGGAUAAAUGGCUCUCCAGGAAAAGCCAGCUGACUUCUCUCUGAAGAACAAAGAGCCAGGCUUGUCCCGUGAUUCCCUUGGCCAGACGUCAAAAAUGGGCAGUCCUGGUUCUGUCUCAGGCGGCUUCAAAGAUCUACAGGGAAUCGGCAGAGGCAAUGGCAGCGAAAGAGACAAUGGAAUGUGCACCAUCUCAGUUGGAGAGAAUAGAUAUGUCCUUGCAGAGAGAGGACGUCGGAAUGGCCGGAACCUACAAGAUUUGGGGAUCAACACCAGACAGACUAUGGCUCACGUUAAGGAUAAAAAAACAGGUACCAGCGGGAUGCCAGUGAAGCUCAUGACCAAUCUCUUUGGUUUGACUUUGUCAAUGGAUUGGCGCCUGUACCAGUACCAUGUGGAUUUCUCCCCUGAAAUGACUUCUAGGAAACUGAAGACUGCUCUGCUCUAUACUCACGGCGAGACCUUAGGGAGAGCCAGAGCAUUUGAUGGAGAGACCCUCUUUCUUUCUGAUAAUAUAGGCAAGCUUAAGCAUCUGGAAAGUACAACUAAAAGAGGGGAAACUGUGAAAAUAACAAUCACUCUGACCAACCAGCUGCCGGCCGACUCCCCCGUGUGCAUACAGUUUUUUGGCGUCCUGUUCAAGAAGGUCCUCAAAAGCCUUAAUAUGUACCAAGUGGGGCGCAAUUACUAUAAUCCUGCAGAACCGGUGAACAUUCCCCAGCACAGGUUAAUGCUGUGGCCUGGGUUUGUCCUCUCUAUAAUGAAACUUGAAUCCCAGCUGACUCUUUGUGCCGAUGUGAGCCACAAAGUCCUGCGGAAUGAAACUGUUCUUGGCUCCAUGAAUGCUCUUUAUUCCAAAGUUCCCAAAGAGAGAUUUACGGACAUGUGUGAAAAAGAGCUUCUUGGGCUUGUUGUGUUAACCAGGUACAACAAUAAAACCUACAGAGUUGAUGAUAUUGACUGGUCUACCAAACCGACAGACUCCUUUCAGAAGAAGGAUGGAUCAGAGAUUACGUACAUAGACUACUACAGUCAGCAAUAUGACAUAAACAUCACCGAAUUACAGCAGCCCAUAUUGGUGAGCACCUUGAAGGCUAAAAAGAGCGACAGUCUAGAUGCACCUCGUGCCGUCCACCUUAUUCCUGAACUGUGUUAUCUCACAGGUUUGAGCAGCCGUGCACUUGCGGAUUUCCGUUUGAUGAAGGAUCUGUCUAUGGAAACCCAGUUAGACCCUGAGAGGAGGCAGCAGAGGCUGAUGAAACUGGUGACCAACAUUCAGAGACACCCGGAAGCCAGUGCAGAGUUGGAGAAAUGGGGCAUGCGGAUGGAUAAGCAGAUAUCUGUCACGGGUCGUAUUAUCCCACCAGAGAAAAUCUUUAUGAGGGACAACGUAUGCACCCCUGGAUCUCCUGCUGACUGGUCCAGGGAUACCAGAAACGAGAAGAUGAUCUGUGUCCAACCCUUGCAGAACUGGCUGAUGCUUUUCAGUUACCGCAAUGCCGACAUGGCUGAGAAUCUCCUGCAGUGCCUGAUGAAAGUCGGUUCUGGAAUGGGAUUCCACAUUGAAGAGCCCAGAACUGUCCAGGUGGAGGACAAUCCGGUUUCAUUCUUACGUUCGCUGCAGAAAAACGUAAAGCCCGAACUUCAGCUGGUAUUUUGUGUGAUUCCCAACAAUCAGAAAGACAGCUACGACUCCAUAAAGAAGUUCCUGAGUCUGGAUCACCCCGUCCCCAGCCAGUGUGUACAGGCCCGCACUCUGGGCAAACAGCAAAUGAUGAUGAGUGUUGCCAACAAAAUCGCCAUGCAAAUGAUCUGUAAGCUCGGAGGGGAGCUGUGGGCCGUGGAGAUCCCUCUGAAGUCCCUGAUGGUGGUUGGAAUCGACGUCAACAAAGACGCAAUAAACAAGUCCAUGUCUGUAGUUGGAUUUGUAGCCAGUACCAAUGCCAGGCUCACUAAGUGGCAUUCUCGCUGCAUUAUUCAGAAAACGACGUCGGAUUUUGCCGAUUGCCUGAAAAUGUGCAUGAAAGGAGCCAUCCAGACAUGGCAAAAAUGCAACAGUGACCUCCCAAACCGAAUCAUUGUCUACAGAGACGGCGUAGGAGAUGGGCAGCUGAGGAUGGUGGUGGACUAUGAGAUUCCUCAGCUUCUCAGUAGCUUCAGAGAGACCAGGACAAGCUACAGCCCCAGACUGUCGGUAAUUGUGGUGCGGAAGAAGUGCAUCUCGAGAUUCUACAAGCAGACCGACAGAGGCAUCCAGAACCCGGUGCUGGGGACUAUUGUCGACUCUGAGGCCACAAGACCUGAAUGGUACGACUUCUACCUGAUCAGCCAAAACGCACGGCAAGGGACGGUCAAUCCAACGUACUACAAUGUGCUGCUAGAUGAGAACAGCUUGAAACCGGACCAUAUGCAAAGACUGACCUACAAACUGUGUCACCUCUAUUAUAACUGGCCUGGAGUGAUCCGUGUGCCAGCGCCGUGCCAAUAUGCUCACAAACUCACUUUCCUCGUAGGUCAGAGCAUCCACAGGGAACCCAGCCCUGAGCUCUCCCACAAGCUCUUUUACCUGUGAAAAAUCCAGAAACGCCUGUCAUUAGUGCGGAAAUCUAACAUUUGCCUACAGAUAUGUUAUUGUAUUGCUCCUUGUUCAUCUGCAGUAUUUAUACAGUUUUUUUUAAAAAAAAAUAUAGCUAUUUUUUUAUUUUAUUCUAUUUAAUUUAUUUAUAAAGAAAAUUUUGGCCGAUAAAACUGACGAAUGUUCAGAAUUUAUACAGUUUUUAUAAAGAAUAUUGCUAUUUUUUUUAUUUUAUUCUGUUUUAUUUAUUUAUAAGGAAAUUUCGGCCGAUAAAACUGACGAAUGUUCAAGUGAACGUCUCAGUCCACAAAAGCUUCGCUGCCAGAAAGCAUGAUGGUUCCUUCCCACUGGGUGGGGUGAAUCCAACGUUUAUACUCUUGCUGUUAGUCUGUUGUUAUUAUGUUAUCAUGGCUGAUUUGUACUUUUCUGCUCUUUCAACAUAUUGAAUAAAACUAAAUUACACUUUC